AUGAAGGCACACAAACGCACACGGAGACUGUUUGCUGCUUACUUACGGCGGUUAGAGGCUGACAGCAAACGGUUGCAAUGCCUGUUGAAGGAUGAACAUUCCAAAGAGCAGAGAGUCGAAUCAGCCCUCGAUCAUGAAUCAGAUACUCUCUCGCAGGAGGAACAUGGCAUUGUGAACCCGCUUUUCGAGACACAAACUGAGCGAACCCGCGACAAACAAACAGAGCCGGGUUUCACAGGAGAGGCAUCGUGUAUAGCAUUUGGUGACCGACUGCUUCAGUGCAUCAAGAAAGAUCCAACUCCUUCAAGUGCUACACUGUCUCACUAUCAUCCGACGACAACCGCGAACCAAAUAUUGGAUGAUAACGAAUACACGCUUCCAGACCGAGCCCAAGCCAAGCUGCUGAUCAACGUUGCAUGGCGCUUCAUCGGUAACGACCAUCAUCUGUUCCUCAAGGUCUCGUUCAUGCGAGAGGUUGAAGCUGUUUAUCAGAAGGCAUUAAAGCCAACUGCUCUUUGGUUGUGCAAACUAUUGGCUCUUCUUGCCUUGGGUGAGCUAUAUACAAACCGCAGGAAAUUCAAUGACACCCAGAGAAUCCCGGGAACAAACUACUAUCUCCAGGCCCUGAAUAUGCUCCACGAUACAUAUGAAGAAGCAGGCUUGCUACAUGUCGAGGUCCUUAUUUUAGUCGUACGUGCUUCCCAAUCGCUGAACGAGAGACGUAUUGAUCAACAGCAGGCAUGGUACUCAAACAGCUUAGGGCGCAUCCGGUCUGCGUAUUCCUACAGUGGCAUUGCUAUGAGGCUGGCUUUGAGUCUUGGGCUACACAGGUCAAGGUCUGCUCCAACAAUAGCCAGUGCAGUCGAAAUUGAGAGCCGAAGACGCACGUGGUGGAUGCUUUACUACUUCGAACGGAUGUCAGCCUCCAAGCUCGGGCUACCCAUCACAGUGCGGGAUGAAGACAUAGACGUGGAGCUGCCUUCCAUGGACGGCCUCACAGACGAGGAACAGCAAGAAUUCGCAGACCCCGCUCAUAUGUGUGCCAAUGUUAAGCUAGCUCGUAUCACGGGUAAUAUCUUGACGGAAAUAUACUGCCUCCCGCGACGAGCCAACGGAAUGUUCGUGCAAAGGGUCCACAGUAUUUUAAAGCAACUUCGAGCAUGGAACGAUGCGCUCCCCCCAGAGCUCUGCGUUCGGGAAUGCCGGACACCACGACCCGUUGCCAGCCUCCACAUGGCCUAUAACGAGUGCAUCAUGCAGACGACACGUCCGAUCCUUCUGCAUCUGUUCCGAAGACGAUGCCAGGGUGAUAUCAAGGAUUGCUCUCCAGAAUCACCCGCUCUUUCACCCAUUACAGCUCUCUUGGCAGAUAGUUGUGUAAAUGCCGCGAUAACAUCCUGCCGAAUCAUGGAAGGCCUGUUCAUCGAAGGAUCUAUUGCCACAUUUGGCUACUGGGAGGCACAGCACAUUUUCUCCUCUGCCUUGAUCCUUAUUAUCUCCGCUCUUCUAAAUCCAAGUGUGGCUACGUCUGAUCUCCUCCAAACAUCAAUCAAUAUACUCCGGACCAUACGGGACCAUGGAAAUAUCCCCGCAGUGGACUACAGCAAGCGGCUCACGUUAAUACAGGCUAGCGUCUUUACUGGAACCGAAGAAGGGCACGCGAACUCUAGCUUAGGCAGAAGCCAGCAUACAGAUCAAGUUCAGCAAGUGAGUCGGACAAGCAGCCUUGGGCGACCUUCCAACAGUGAGAAAUUAUCAGUAUCAAACUCGGUAGACCAUACUUUAGUAGCAGAUAUUGAUAUCAACUGUCCAGACACUCUUGCCCAUCCAUUGAUGGAUACAUUUCUAGAUGAGAACCUAUCUGCUUGGUCCAGUAGUAUGUUUACGAGUGACAAUGCGUGGAGGAACCUGGCUACGGAGAUGGAGGAGCACUUUCUAUUCUAA